AUGUACCAGGCAGCUGUCUCCAAGCGAGCAGACCACACCAUCCCCAGCAGGGUCAUGGAGGAGUCGGAGGUCUGUUCCCUGCCUGGGGGACUCGCCAGUGUGAGGAAACAAUUUGAGACCCAGGAAACUGCAACCUCACACAAUGUAACCCAGUUCCAUUUUCAUCACAGAGCUGUGCAGGAAAUGUCAGAGUCAGAGGUGACAGUGUCAAGCAGCAGCAGGCAGGUCGUCCCAGGCAGUCAGCAGCUGCAUUUCAACCAAGAAACGAUGGUGUCAUACAGCAACAAUAACUUGGAAUCAAGCUAUGAAAACCAUCAAAAUGAAACAGAAGAGGAGUUUCCCAGGUACACUACAAAAGAACUGAGGGCUCACUUUGAAAGAACAAUAGAAGAAGCUGCUCCACACAAACCAAUUAAGAUUGAACGUGACAUCAAUCGAUCUAAGUGGUCCUCGAAUGUGACACAAAGCAACACAGUGACUAGUGAGGCGUGUGAAGCAUCCCCGACUGAGACAACAGAAGACACACUGGCUGCAGUGAUGGAUUAUGAGGAUUUCCCGCCCCCACCAGCUGAGGAUUCUGACUAUCUUCCACCCCCACCUCCAGACUUACUACAAAUGCCAUCAGACAGUCAAAAUAUUCCAGCAUGCCAUUACUCACCUGAGCCUCCAGAACCAGCAACCCCCCUCAAAUGCCCACUGAACAGAGAGGCUUACUUCAAGCAGAGGAGCAUGAAUGAGCUGAAACGUCUUUACAAGCACAUUCAUCCCGAGGUUCGUAAGAAUAUUGAGAAGGACUACUACAGUGAUUACAAUGAAACUGAGAUCAACCAGUUGGAGAGCCAAGAGUACAUGUAUGAGGAUGAUGGCGGCAGCCUGGAUGUGAUCAACGAUGAAGAAUAUGGGGAAUGGGAAGAGAUUCUCCCCGGGGAGGUGCAGGCAAUGCGAUGGAUGUUUGAAAAUAAGCCACUGGACACCAUUAAAGAUGAAGCUCCUGAUGAUGAGGACGACAACAACAAAAUAACCGAAAAGGAAAUCAUUCUUGGAAAAGAUGUGAGACGCACAGCUUGGAUGUUUGAGACCAAGCCAAUGGAUGAGCUGAGUUCACACAAUAUCAGCUCGACAGAAUAUAAAAACAAAUUCAACAAGUUUGACAAAGGGGAUGUCCGUGCUGCAGCGUGGCUGUUUGAAACCCAAACAAUGGACACUCUAAAUAAAAUGCAUAAGGAAGAGGAUUUAACAAAAGAGAUUGUGUUCACAGAGGAGGAUGGGAAUGCUACCAUUUACAUGAUUGACAAUAAGUACAUGGAAAGCCUUGGCCACACUGAGACCAUUGAUGAGAGCCACCUGUUGAGUCUAAGGUCGGUGUUAGAGGAAAUUAAUGGCGAAAGGAAAACUGUUACAACCACUUUUGAUACCCAGUUUAAAUGCAUAAUUAUGGGACAGUCAAGCCAAAUGCUGGAGAUUAAGUCUGUGCGUAAAAUUGAGACUGAGUUGGAGAACUCCAUUGCUUCUCGUUGGCUUUUCGAUACCCAACCCCUGGACAUGACAAACAGAGAACCUACGUCUUUGAAACUUGUGUGUAGUCUCUCCAUGGAGGACAGCAAUAAGGGGGACUGGGGCAGGUGGUUGUUUGAGAUAAAGACAUUAAAUUCUCUAAAUGAGUGGGAGAGCUCAAAAAUUGAGACUCAAGAGACCAUUGGAGCUGACGUGCGCAAGCACUGCUUGGUGUUUGAAACCCAGCCAAUGGAUUCUCUGAAGGAUGAUUCCAAUGCGAGACCCCAGUCUAUUGAAGAAAUUAUCGGGGGUAAUGUCAGAUCUGCAAGACACUUUUUUGAAAGCAGUCCUCGAGCAGAGAGGAAGACUGGCCCUGAGGUCGGGAAACUUCAAAAGGCAACAGCGAAUGGAGAAACGAAAGGGGAUGUGAGACACCAAAAGUGGCGCUUUGAGAGUCAGCCUCUAGAGCACAUAAGAGAGGAGAAGAAAGAGGUUACUCGCACUGUGAAUGUUGAGGACGACCUCACCCAGGAGGAUGGCACGAGCUGCAGGGCAGACGUUCGCAAGAACUGCUGGGUGUUUGAGACCCAGCCAAUGGAUACCUUAAAAGAUGAUUCAAACAGUCUGCCCAUGACAAAAGAGGAAAUUAUUGCAGGUAACGUGAGAUCAGCCAGACAUUAUUUUGAAACGAUUCCAACUGAGGAGCUGAAAGAGCUUGCAGAGGUGGGCAAACUUAAAAAAACAGUAGCACUUAAUGAGGAGAGAGGUGAUGUUCGACAUCAGAAAUGGCGAUUUGAAAGCCAGCCCUUGGAGCAGAUUGGAGAGGAAAGGAAGGACGUCCUCAGAACGAUAGACCUUGAAGAAAUUGACAAAGUGGACGUCUCAAACUACAAGCAAAUCUUUGAGAGCACAGAGUUAAACAGGUGGGAUGAUUCUCAAAAGAUUCUCAUAGAGGGUGUAACAUCUGGCGCUGUGAAAUCAAAUAAAAACCUCUUUGAGUCUACUCCACUGUAUGCCAUGCAAGACAGCUCAGGGCACUUCCACCAGGUGAAAACGGUGCGCCGUGAAGAGGUUGUGAGAGGAGAUGUAACAACCUGCAAGUGGAUGUUUGAAACAAGACCGAUCGACCAGUUUGAUGAAAGCAUUGACAAAUACCAAAUUAUCAAAGGCUUAUCCAAGCAAGAGAUCGAGUCUGGCGAUGUUAAAACUGCAAAGUGGCUGUUUGAAACGCAGCCUCUUGAUGGUAUUAAGUACUUCAGCAACAUUGAAGAUGAAGAAGUUGUGGAGUCAAGCAAAACUAUUGACGUCAUGAAGGGUGACGUGAAAACCUGCAAGUGGCUUUUCGAGACAAAACCAAUGGACAUCUUGUAUGAAAGAAUGGAGUUAAAGGGUGAAAAUGAAUCCGAGGAAGUGCAAAAGGGAGACGUCAAAACCUGCACAUGGCUUUUUGAGACACAAGCGCUUGAUACUAUCCACGACGAGACAGAGACGGUUCUGAAAACAUGCACUGUGAAUCAAGAGGACAUCAGAGGAAAAGAUGUUAGAACGGCUUGUUUUCUCUUUGAGACAGAGAAACUGGAGAACCUCACCGGGGAAGAGACGGGCUCUUUUAAGCGUGUGACUGAGAUAGAUAUUGCGUCUGGAGAUGUGUCAGGAAUGAAAUACAUUUUUGAAAACCAAACAUGCGACAUCAUGACUUCAACAUCUGAGGAAUUUAUGCAAAACCUCAAGAGAGUUCAGGCUGAGGACAUACAAAAAGGUAAUGUGGUGAACUGCAAAUGGCUCUUUGAAAACCAAUACAUUGAUACAAUACGUGAUAGCCAAGAGGAAUCCACGAGCAGCCGCACUGUGAAGGAUGUACAAGGAGGAGACGUAGAUAAGGGCCGUUUUAUUUUUGAGACCUACUCCUUGGAUAAAAUUCAGGAGACAUCCUCCGAGGCAGACACAGAGCUGAUGAAAAUGCAAAAAAUUAUCCGGGACGAAGAUGAGAAGGGCGAUGUAAGAAAUUACACCAUGAUGUUUGAAAGUCAGCCCCUUUAUGCCAUUCAGGACAAAGAGGGCGUUUACCACGAGGUCACCACUGUCACGAGUGAAGAAGUAACACGAGGAGAUGUCGUUGGCACCCGGUGGCUGUUUGAAACCAAGCCCCUCGACGCGAUCAAGGACACCGAUGAGGUUUAUAUAAUUAAAUCUGUCACACAGCAGGAUGUGCAAAAAGGAGAUGUCACCUCUGCCAAGUGGAAAUUUGAGACACAACCUCUGGAUGGGAUUGCUGAAGACAAGAAGGCUUUAAUAAAAACUGUGGAUGAUAUUCAAGGAGGCAAUGUGAGGAUGAACAAGGAUCGUUUCGAGUCUGACGCCCUGUCACAGGAAUCCGUUAGAACAGUCAGUGUGAGUGAAAUCCAAAAAGGUGAUGUCAGGACUGCGAAAUGGAGAUUUGAAACGCAGUCCAUUGACAAAAUAAGAAGCAUGAGCUCUGAAAAUCUGAUUGAAACAGUUAAAAAGGAGGAUGUUGCAAAGGGAGAUGUUAAACACUCAGUCUGGCUCUUUGAGAAAAAUCCUCUUGACCACAUUAAAGAGGUAGAUGAGGACCAAGAUCAUCCGACCGUGACUCGAGAGGAGAUUUCCAAAGCGGAUGUAAAGACUACAACGUGGCUCUUUGAGACGACACCGUUUGACAACUUUAAUGAGACAAAAAUGGAGAGGACUGAAAUCCUGGGCAAGAGCGUCAAGGGAACUCUUGAGGAACUUUAUAGUCAGGAAAUGGUAAAGUCAAAGGGAGUACUCAUUGAAGCUGAUGAAAUUGGCGAUGUUAGGAUGGCAAAAUACCAGCUAAUGAACAAGCAGGCUCCGGAGAUACAACGAGAGGAAGUCAUUAGGGGGGAUCUGCAGACUAUUAUGAUGAACCUACUGAACAGACAGGAAAGAAAGGAGCAUCAGAUAGUCAUAGAUUCAGAAGAGAAGGGCAAUAUCAGUUCAACAGUGCAGCAACUAUUCAACCAGGAGAGAGACAGCAGUGUUGAAAGGGAGGAAAUAUUAAGAGGUGACAUUCAGGAAGCGAUAAACAACCUUUUCAAUGAGGACAAGUCAGCAAAACAUGGAAUACUCAUCCAGGAGGACGAAAAGGGAGAUGUGCGGAUGACAUUAUAUUCCCUUCUCAAUAAACAAGAGAAUGUUAAUGUUGAAAAAGAGGACAUUGUACGAGGGGAUAUAAAGAGCGCUCUUCAAAAACUGUCCAGCUCAGACAAGUCAGAUCAAGCAGUGAAGAUAAAGAUAGACGGCACUGAAAAAGGAAACGUCAACUUUUACUCCACAUGCAUUGAAUCUGGGUCUCUCGACUAUCUUCGACAGCUCCAUUUAGAACCUGAUGACACUCCAAACACAGCAGAAAAAGAGAAAAUCGUUGGAGGCGACAUCAAGGGCACAAAACUCAUUCUUGGUCGUAGCCAAAUGCAAAUUGAACGUACGGUGGAGGAUGUUAUACCCGGUGAUGUUCACAACACAGUGAAGGUUUUCAUGUCAGAGCCUACAGUCUCACUGGAAAGACUCCAAAAGGAGGAAAUAGUCAAAGGUGAUUUAAGAGCUGCGUUAUAUUCAUUGUCUGAAUCAGCGAAUCAGACAGUUGUUGUGGAGAAAGAGGAGGUGGUGAAAGGUAACAUACCAAAAGCCCUGCGUUGCCUGGAGAGGGCUCAAAAGCACCACAAGGAGAUGGAGAAGCCAGAUAUCAUCCCAGGAAAUAUCAGAGGGGCUCUGAGAUCUCUUGAGAAGUCGGCAACAACCAGAGCUGAAGCUGUUGUGGAGGAUUUGGUUCCUGGAGAUGUGAAGGCCACACUCAAAUCUCUGGAGCUGGCAAAACAAACGGUGAGGGAGGUGGAAAAGGAAGAAAUUGUCAGGGGUGAUAUUCGCAUAGCAAUGCAAAGUCUACAGGAUGCCUCCAGUGAGAGGAGGAAGUGUCAACAGGGAACAGAUGUUCAGGGAGACGUCAAAGGAACAAUUCAGCUCUUAAUGGAGCCUCCACCUUCACCGAGGAUGCAGAGGAGCCCGAGCCUCGAGGGUGACGUGAAGGGUGAUGUCAAGAUGUCAAUUAAGUCGUUGUAUGAGAUGCAGGAGCAAACCCAGCUAGAGAAGGAAGAGGUGAUAAAGGGUGACGUUAAAGGCACGAUUAAAUCUUUGCUGCAAACAGCACAGCGUGAAACUCCCAAAGGCAAACUUGGAGCGUACAGAAGAGUCAGAGUCAAGCAGAGCCCUCCAGUUAAAAACCUAACAGCUGAUGCCCAGAGGAACAUACAAAAGAUAAAAACAGCUAAUUUAGUUCAAAAAUCUAAAGAAAAUCACUCCAUCUCUAACAAAACUGAAAUAGUUCAGACAAAGUCAAGCUCUGUGGAGCAGUCCACUCAGCAAUCAACAACUGUGGUGAAGCACAAAACAAUUACCCAAAACCACGGCAUCAAAACGUUAAAGACGGAGUUUCGGAAUCUAAAGUCGAGCCCAAAGGGAAUGAUAAAAGUAGAUAAAACCAAAGUCGAAACUGAUACGUACAUCCUAAAAGUGCCAGAGCCUGAUCUGCCUCUUCCACCUCCACCUCCACCCGUAGUAGACAUUGACCUUCCUCCUCCUCCUCCUCCUGCCUCUGUUGAUUCUGACAUUGAUCACCUUCCUCCUCCACCACCACCUCUCACCAGCGAGCAGGACUUCCUUCCGCCUCCUCCAUCUCAACAGGAGCUGGAGAGCAUGCCAACACAGGCAAUUCAUCCUUCACCAGCAAAAGCAAAGAAGAUGACAGUUAAAAAAGUGAAAGGCCCAGCUUUACACCCGGUCCCGAAGCUUGAGCCUAAAGUGGAAUUCAGUAAAACGCAACAUGUGGAGGUUACAUCAGGGAUGGUGGUCGAGAUGAGCCAGAACCAAUCGAAAACCACAACAUCAAAAACCGUUGCACGUGAAAUCCCUCCGCCGCCUGAGUCACCACAGCGGCUAAAGAAAGCUUACAUCUCUCCUGUGAAAUUCACCCCUCCUCCCUCUCCUCCGCCUUCAAUGAGAGGGCCGCUGAGUAAAUUUAACACUCCAUUGAUAAAAGCAGAAGAAAAGUAUCGGAAACUGAGGGAGGAUAACACACCCCCAACCACUCCAACACCCACUUACAUACAUGACUCAGUCACCGCUGCUCUUCAGAUGCUUUCAACCAAAGGCAUAGAGCAGUCAAAUAACAGCACAUCAGAACUGGUGACAGCUGAAAAGAUGGCGAUGAGUGUUCAUUCAGACUCCCGAUCAUGUAAUUUAUCCAAGCAUGUUACCAUCUCAAAUGCCACCCAGAGCGCUUGUCAUGAGGAAAUCCUCACAGAUUCAACGGUUACAUCUUCUGCUAAACAGCAACUUGUCUCUAAUGAGACUUCUAAGGUCGUCUCUGUUCAGAAGACCUCAUCUGUGUCCACUGUUGCACAGCAGAUGCAUACGACUACACAGAAAACUGUUUCUGUUUCCUCCAAGCAGUCAGCUCAGUCUGUCACGGCUGACAAAGUCCAGACCUCAAUCACUCAUGUCUCAAAAACAGAAAAUAUGGUGACUGAUAAGAAGAAAGAUUGCAAAAAUCAGAAAACAAAGGCCUCUCAUAAAUCUGAAGAUAAGAAGGAAGAUGAAAUGCGUUUUGAUCAAAUCCCUGUAAAAAUAGUAAAACCUGAACCUGCUUCUGAGAAGAAGAAGACAAAAGAUAAUGCAGCACCAGAAUUACCCAGUGAUCAGUCCAUCCAAGUAGAAAAUGUCACCUCAGACAAACAUGUGAAGGAGUCCAAAUCACCACAGCGUGGCAACAAGAAGAAAACUGAUCACUCUCCCACCAAGAGCCAAGAGAAAGUUUUAGAUCAGCCAAUGCAAGCUACCAAUACAAAUGGAAAAACAGGCAAACUAAACCAAAAGGUGAAAAAGAACAAUAAGCAAGAAAGGCAAGCGGAGCUGAAAAGCUCCAAUGAGAGUGAGAAAGAGAGUGUUUCACAAGAUUUCAUGGUAGAAGUGAAGGAAGCUACUGAGGUUAAAGUGAUCAGUGAAUCCAAAGAAGUAAAGACAGAGUUAAAGCAGGGGAUUAAGAGUAAGAGUGUUACUGCCUCUCCUGCUGCUGCCUCUGCUGUUACUGUCAGCACAACUGACAGCACAACGGAAUCUCCAGCAAAGAAGAAAAAAAGGUCCAAAAAGUCUAAAGGGGGUGCACAACCCGGUAAAGGUAAAGAGAUUUCUAUAGAAUCAAACACAAAUGUUAUAGAAGCCAAGAUGGCGACACCUGAAGAGUCCCCCCUGACUCAGGAAACAGUUGCCCCAAUUCACCAAAGUGUUGAAGAAGAGCACAUCCAAGUGAAGAGAGAAGUCAUUACCACAGAAAGCAAAGAUGAUCAGAAUUCCCAGCCACAAGAAGCAGUUCAAAAGCAUGUGAAGGGAUCUCAAAAGAAGAAAGGACUGACGGUUAUUCAGCAGAGUGCAGAGGAACCUCCAGAAGAACGUAGGGAUGUCCCAAUUACAGUGACAGGCGAGUCAGAACAACAUGAACUAGUAAAGUCCAUAACAGGGAGAACAGAGCAAUCUCAGAGGCAAGAGGUCCAAGUGUUAAUCUCUCACAUCACAGAGAGCCAACAUGUUUCGGAAAAGAGUGAUUCUAAAUCCGCAAAGACUCUGUGCUAUACAGAUCCAGACUGGCUCAUGAGUCCAGAAAGAAAGUGCGAACUGGACGGAUCUGCAGUGGAGAGUGAUGCUCAAACAAAUUAUGAGUUUCUGUCACAUGUGAGGAAACUAGCAGAGCCUAAACUGAUGGAUCUGGAAGAUAAUGAGACGCUGGAGAAGCAUGAAUGUGAGCCAGUUUCUGAGAAGUCUGUUUCCGGUGGGGUGACACCAAGAAUAUCCAAGAUCAGCAUCGGUUCUGCCAAAAUAGAGAACCAGACAAAGAAAAAGACGUCCCACGAAAGACGGAAAGAAGAAGUGAGCCAGUGCAAGUCUGUCGACCUUCGAGCUCCCUCGCCGUCACUGAGGAUGCGUUCUCCCUCGCCGACAUUUAUCACCAUUGAGUCCACACGAAGGACUGACUCCCCCCAGAGAGUUACUCCGUCACCCACCCUGCUGCACAGGCCACCCACACCUCCCACACCGCCGCCACGCAGGUGUGAAACCCCGACAUCGCGUCUUACGAGAAUCACACCUUCCCCCACUUUUGACAGAGCAGAAAAUCUGGCUCGUCUCAAAGACACAACAGCCAAGCUCUCACGCGGCGUCACGCCACCGCCGCUACUUCCCCAACAAAUCUCAGAGAAGAAAUCGGAGAUUGUGGAAUCGCCUGCGUCUUUCCAUCGGCAAAUCAAAAUCGAGUCCCAACUUGUGGAGGCCUCAAUGACAUUGACUGCAACAGAAAAGCCCACAAAGGGUUUGUCUGGGGAGGCUCGGCAGGCUGAUGUAAAUUCUGCACAUGUAGAAGAAGAUCAAGUUAAUAUUUCAGAGGGUUUGAAUGCAAAUGAAAUACAAAGUAAGUCAGAGACCCACAUGCCUUUGUGUCAAAAUGACCCAGAUCUUGUUGACGCUGCAGAUAUUCCAGAGCCAUCAUCUGCAUCUGUCAAAGAAAAGAGAGAAUUUUUUGAGGAGGCUCAAAGGGCUGAAAUUAAUAAGACCUACAUGAGAAAGGAGCCCAUUGCUAUCCCUGAACGACUGGGCCCAGACAUGGAGGAGUGCAAGGAGGAAAACAACAACAAAGAAAAGGAUGAGCUUCCCAAGGCGGACUUGUCGAGUCUUGUAAACAAAUUUGAAUCACCAGAAGAGAAAUUAAAUUUCAGAAAAGAGCUUAUCCCACUCUCAGAGUGGCUUCACAAUGACGCUGAAAGCACAGAUUGUGACAAAGAGAAAGCAGACACCCUGGAACAGGAAAUGCCAACUUUUGACAUUCAGGCUAUUAAAAAUGUUUUUGAACUGGGUGAGCAAAGUUCCUCAUUCAGAGAGGAGAAAAAGGAUCAGGAGGAGCCUGUGUCAGGCCUGACUGAAACAACAGCAGACACUUCAAAGCAGGAAAGUCCUCAAGAGACAAAGGGAGGCUCGCGGAAGAGCACCCCCCUCCCUCCGCAGAAAAACGAGGUAGAAACUGUGCCGGCAGAACCACCGGCAGCCUUCUCUGAAAGCAAAUCAAUCACAGAACAUUUCUCAAAUGUUGAUGAGUUCGGUAACAAGGUCACUGGAACGAGGACGGCUGUCACUGAGCACUCUGAGAGCGUGUCGACCCAACAGGCUCCUUUUUCCUAUGCUGAUGCAGUUAAAAGAAAAGCUGCGGCAGUGAGGCGAACGCAAACCUACGACGAGGAUGCCACUGAGAGGUUGCUCAGGAAUUUCCACGAAACGUGGACAGAGAGCGAGACGGUUUUCAAGAGCCUCGGUUACACUGUUUCUGAGGAGACGACGUCACAAGUUGUGUCACAUCAAACCAAGAUUGUCUCAUCUGGCUCGAGUUCCGAAGUCGGAGCUCUGCACGGUUUGUCGGAGGAGAGCUUAUCCGAUGGAUGCUCUGAUAGUGGACAAAAAAAAGUACCAUAAAUCCUGUUUCUGCUGUGAGCACUGCAGAAAUAAAUUAAGCCUAGGAAAUUAUGUCUCUCUCCAUGGACAUUUCUACUGUCUUCACCAUUACAAACAACUCCUCAAGUCCAAAGGGAGCUACGAUAAUGGACUUGGGCAGAAGCCUCCCGCAGGAAGUGGUGGACCUAUCCCCUCAGAUGAGAAACUUGAAUAUAGAUAUUCCAUGAGCAGCCUAAGUUCAGUAGAAAAAACACACAGUGGUGAAAACGAAAUUACAAAAAUGUGUGAUGAAAGCAAACCACACUGCAAUAAAAUAUCUGUAGUUUGGCCCCCACAGGCAGAUCCCCCGAAGAAAGCCUUUAAAAUAGAGGAAGACAUUCAGCUUACUAAACCACAGUGGCCCCCUCCAGACAACUCCCCCAGGUCACAGAAACACCAGCACAGAAAGGCUGUUCCCAGAAGUGUCCUUUGAAAUAAAGUCACCCAACUACACAGUUUAGUCAAGUAAAAACAAAGAAGAAGCACAAGAGAAGGGAUGGUACAAUAAGAUGCCGGGAAAGAAGUGUCCUGUUGGUACUUAGGCAAGUGUUUGGCUGAAGGUCGUUUAGUCAAGUGAUUUAAAAGGGAAGAUGAAAAGUCGGGACAUGAAAGGAAACUUGUUGUGUAUAUACUUGUAAAUGGUGUGCAAGUGGGAAAGCAGGUUGUAACUGUAAUUAACUGUAAGUAAGCAGGUAGGCAGUAGAGAGAUAAAGACAGAGUGUGGAAAGAGGAUGUAGACAGGAAGCAGCGUGCCUGGAACUGACACGUGUAAUUUUUCAAUUUUGUUCAUUUUUCCUGGCGUUCAGCAGUCACAUUGAGCUACUAUUUCACUUUUGGCGGCAAGAUUUAAUAGAAUUGUACAAAAACGUGAUCAGUUUUAACUGCUCUAACAACUGUUAUCUGCCUUGUAGUUCAAACGUCAAACAUGGACAAAUUUAAGAUCUGGAUCAAAUAAAGUAGUGACUGCAAGUUAAGCCUAAUGUUGGUUUUAAUUGACAUUUCUGGGUGUAAUUAAGUCACAGGUUUAGUCAGGUUUAGUCCAAGCCUCACAGUUCCCACUGCUCUUGGAAAUAAUAUAAAAAUCUGCGAGUGUCAUUUUAAAAUAGUCAUUUGUCCCAGUUUCUAUUUCACCCCUUUUGUUUUAUUCUAAGUUAAUUUGGUCUAAUGUACAAUUCGCUCCAUUUUUUGCUACUGUAUGCCACUUCAUGGAAAUAGUUUAAGUCUGUGGACUCUGUUGUAUUAUUUUGUCAGGGCGUUUAUCUUUCAACAUAACAAAAUUUUUGCAUUUGCCUUUUUUUUUUUAGCACCUGGUGUGCAGACUUCUACGUAAAAGUAUCUUGGAAUUAUUUUAUUUAUAAUAUUGAAAGUAUAUAAUAUAAACAGGUGAACUGGUGAUAAUCAUGUUUGUUUUGGACAUUUGUAACCUAUUUUGAACAACAAAUAUUUUUGAAUGAAGAAUUUUAUUUUUUAGAUUAGACGGUUAUACCUUGCUUUGUACAAGAAAAUUCCUGAUUCUGUCAU